UCGAGCGACGUAGAGAUCACUCCGCGAAGGUAGCGGAGCAAAAAGAAGUCGAUCGAGCGAUGCGCCCAGAGGAAGCUGAUCUCCUUGUUACUGGCUCUACUGCUUCUGCUGCUGCUGGUCUCCUUCUGAUCAUCCUUGGGAACUAAGUUAUUUAAGAGUGAGGCAAAUGGAGUCCCAGGCUACUCUGGCCACCAGAAAUCCUUGCGUAUUGGCCAGCCCAAGGGUGAAGGUGGGGCUGUGCACUGCGAGACUUCCAGGCAGAAUGAGAGGCGCUCGUUUGGUGGCAACUGGUGCAUUUGGGAGACGGAGCGUUUCGGUGGAGAGCAAGCUGAGUUGCGAACUGGGUGAUCACUGGAGGAAGAAUGCGUUGGCGCGCAUCUACGUCUUCGGGGAUUUUGGUGUAACUACAUACGCCAUGCGCGCAUUGAAGAAAAAGUUUUCCAGCAUUGAAGGUUUUAUAGGUGAAGAUCACGAAGAUGGGGAUGGCGAGGAAGAAGAGGGUACGGGCGGAGGUGGUAGGGGUAGUGAUGAUGACGAUGAGGAGGAUACUACUGAUGAUGAUGAAGAUGAUGAGGAGGACACUACUGAUGAGGAAGAUACUACGGAAGAUGAAGAUGAAGAUGAGGAUGAGGAUGAAGAUGAUCAAGAAGAUGAGGGAGAGUGUGAUGAUUAGACAGAUACAAUGGCAGAUAGUCGUAGUUUUUGAGGAUUUUAUGGCAUGCUUGUUUAUCAGCCUUUCUUUUUUUAAUUGUUUUUUCUUCUCUUAUGGUCUAGGGCCAUAGUGGAAAAA